GCACAACCCAUGCCCUCAGGUUGACGCCUUCAAUCGCUCCUACACGCUACAGUCAAACUUUGCGAAAUUGGCAAAGCCCGCGCGGCAUUUGUUGCAUUCGACGGCAGAAUGCUUGCGCGCUGCAUGAGCAUGGCUAGCACGACUGUCCGCGGCCAUCUAGUCCGUGGCAGCUCUGGCUCGCUCAGCGCCAGCGUCGCGCGCGGCACUGGAGCUGUGCGCGUUAUGGCGUGGGAAUGGAACCCCUUUGCUGGCGACCAGCAGGCGCGCGAUGCCUCUAUUAAGGCCAAGAUGGCAGAGGCCAACAAGGCGCUGGAGCAUGACAAGAUGCUGUGCUACCAGUGCGAGCAGACCAAGAGCGGCACCGGCUGCACCGAGAUUGGCGUGUGCGGCAAGACCCCCGAGGUCGCUGGGCUGCAGGACCUGCUAGUGUACUCCGUGAAGGGCCUGGCCUCCCUGGCCCACAUCGCUCGCAACUCUCCCGCCAAAAUCGAGGACCCGGCCGUCAACACCUUCAUCAACGGCGCCAUCUUCUCCACCCUGACCAACGUCAACUUUGCCGAUGACCGCUUCCUGGAGUUUGUGUCUGAGGCCCGUGCCCACCACGCCCGCCUGUCCGCCAAGAUGGCUGCGGCCGGCGUGCAGGUGCCCGCCUCCGCCACCGAGCAGCAGGUGUGGUUCGGCUCCAUGCCGCACCCGCUGCUGUGGAACUCCCAGGCUGCGGCGCUGGGCGGCGUGGGCGACAUGCUCGAAGUCGCUGCAAAGACCGGCAUUGCUGAGCGCCAGAGGGUGCUGGGCGAGACUCUGGCGGGUCUGCAGGAGCUGCUGGUGUACGGCCUGAAGGGUGUGUGCGCCUAUGCCCACCACGCGGAGGCCCUGGGUUUCACCGACCCCACCGUGUACGCCGAGAUCCAGGGGGCGCUGCACUUCCUGAACACGCCCGGCGCCAAGGACGUGGGCCAGGUUCUGGACGCCUGCUUCAAGUGCGGCGCGACCAACUUCAAGGUCAUGGAGAUGCUGAGCAACGCACACACCGACACCUUCGGCCACCCCGUGCCCACGCCCGUCACGCUCAACCCCGUGCCCGGCAAGGCCAUCCUGGUGACCGGCCACGACAUGCACGACCUGCACAUGCUGCUGGAGCAGACGGCGGGCAAGGGCAUCAACGUGUACACGCACGGCGAGAUGCUGCCGGCGCACGGCUACCCCGGCCUGAAGAAGUACCCGCACCUGGUCGGCCACUUCGGCGGCGCCUGGUACCGCCAGAAGAUUGACUUUGCCGAGUUCCCCGGCGCCGUGGCGGUGACCACCAACUGCGUGCUGGACCCGCUCCAGGUGUACAAGCAGAACAUCUUCACCAUCAACGAGACCGGCCUGUCGGGCGUGCCGCACAUCCGCCCCGACGCCAACGGGCACAAGGACUUCACGCCCAUCAUCAACCGCGCACUGCAGCUGCCCGGCUUCACGCCUGAGUUGAUUGAGAAGCGGCCCAAGAAGAAGGAUGUCACGGUGGGCUUUGGCCACAAGGCGGUUCUGAGCGUGGCUCCCCAGGUGAUUCAGGCUAUUCAGGAGAAGCGGCUGGAGCACAUCUUCCUGGUGGGCGGCUGCGACGGCUCGGAGCCGCAGCGCAAGUACUACAGCAAGCUGUACCAGUACAUGCCCACCAACACCAUGGUGCUCACCCUGGGCUGCGGCAAGUUCCGCAUCUUCGACCAGGACUUCGGCACGCUGCCGGGCACCGACCUGCCGCGCCUGCUGGACAUGGGCCAAUGCAACGACUCGUACAGUGCGCUGGUGGUGGCGACUGAGCUGGCCAAGGUGUUCAAGACGGACGUGAACUCGCUGCCGCUGUCGCUGGACCUGUCCUGGUUUGAGCAGAAGGCCGUGGCGGUGCUGCUGACGCUGCUGCACCUGGGCGUGCGCAACAUCCGCCUGGGGCCCCGCCUGCCUGCCUUCCUGACGCCCGAGGCGGUUGGCGUGCUGGUGGAGAAGUUCAACCUCAUCCCCGCCAACGUGGCUGACCCCGGCGCGGACAUGAAGAUGAUGAUGAAGAACAAGUAAACGAUUAGCUUGAUGGUAAACUGCGGACGACUGGUGCUUGGCGGCGGUGGAUUCGGAAAAGUUAGGAGCGGCUUAUGUGCGUGCGCUUAACAGUGUAUACAUGUAGUGUAUAGAGAGUAUUACAAAUGCAAAGCUGAUGUGAUUGGACAAUGACGUAACACGUCCCGACUUGACCUCCUUCGACUGGUUCAUGACGUGUGUGUUUGGCACGGUGAGUCUGAACCUGUACAGCUAUUGUUGUGGCAUGCAAUGUGAUGAUUCAUGGUGUGACGAAGGCAAAAUGUAGUAGCUAGCUAGGUAUGCAUUCAUAAAGCCCGGAGAGGCAGCGCCGGCGGUGUGACUGCCCCGCAGCGCACUGGAACUCGCAUGAUGGGACUCACUCUUCGAUCUGAUUCGAUUCGAGCUUACUUCCGGGAAGGCGCAGGGCCGCGGGUACUGCGGCAUUGGAUUUGGAACACUGGGAAAGGUUGUUAAAUGGUGUCCCCGUGAAGGUUGAAGGGGCCGGCGCGUCACGGCCAAGUUCACGGCGCUUUGAUGCGCAUGACGUAACAUCCAUGGCGGAUGGGACACGUUACACUUCGACAGAACAGGCACCUGCAUCCGGCGUCGCCCUUGUUCUGAAAACGUUUUAGCGCCCUCCUUGUCAUGGUGGAUAAGCUCAGAUGGCCGAUAAGGAAGGCGCCCAAGUCCAGAAACUCAGAAAGCCUGUACGGCUGUACCUCAUACCGUACGCUGAAUGCGGGUGAUGGCCUGUGCUGUUUCCGCCUUGCGUGGCGCUGCUCACGCCGUUCUGUUCCAGGUGUUGCGCGCAAGCCUUUUGCCCUCUCGUGCAUGCAAGCGUGCUGCCUUUCCAUACGCCAAAGGCGCUCUUGCGCUUGCAACCGUCCUGCCUUCC